UCACUCCCCCACGCCGCCCUCACUCUCACCCAGCUUGUUGGCAGCAGCUUGCGCGAAGUCGCCCAGUGAGGUGUCGGCCGUCAACUGGAUCUCAAUGGUGGAUCCCGAGCCAACCAUCAGCUGGACCUUGACGGUGAAGGAGCCGUCCUUGUGGAAGCGGUUGGUGUCGUCUUGUGUGGUGGGGUGGGGGGCGUGGAUACUCUGCCUGAGAUCCGGCAGAUAGACAGACAGACCGACAGACAGGAAUGGUCACGCGUGUGGUUGCGGGGUGUGUCUGCGUCUGUCUCUGUGUGUGCUGACCUUCCUCUACGUCAUUCUUGGCGUCGAACAGCAUGCCGCCUCGAUUCUUGUAGGGGGCCUCGGCCUCGUCAUCUUGUCAGGUGUCAUACUGACACACAUACGAACAGCCGGCAUGAGUGUGACACCAUGGUGUGGUCUGUGCCUGUUUGUAUCAUGAUGUACCAGAUAGCGAAUCGAUGAACUGAUGGCUAUGCGUGACAUCAUGCGUGUGAUGUGUUGAUAAUAUAUGUCGCCCAUGCUCGUCCUCUCGAGGAAUCUGUCGGCAUUGAUGGGUCUUCUGCGGCACCCCGAAGGUCGAAAUGGCCAUGCAGCCAUCCGAGCGUCUUCCAACACUGUACCGCACACACACCCACAUAAGAGUCUUCGUCGGUGUGUGGGUGGCGCACUGCGUGUUCACCUUGAGGUUGUCGCCGAAGAGGGCCACGCUCUCCAUCAUGAGCACCGACACGUGGCGGUUACACACUCGAUGUGUGUAUGGACGCAUUGCGUACCGGCAGCUGGUCUGAGCUGCUGUGUGGGCGGCUGCAUUGGGCCGUCGCUGCGAAUCGAGCAGACAGAUGUGGUUGAGUGGGAAGAGCGUGUUUGGCGACACCCAGCUCCUUGGCACCGUCUCCCUCUCGUCCGGCGGCUCCCACGCAGACCAGCCGCCCCACACCAU